AUGUUUGCUCAACUAUUAGCAAAUCAAGAAUCUGCAAGGGCUGAGAAUAAGGCAACAUUUUCUCUCCAUGAAACUGCCAUCAAGAAUCUCGAGGUUCAAAUGGGUCAACUGGCUUCACAAAUGAAUGUACUCACAAGAAGCAGCUUACCAAGUGAUACCAUUCCCAAUCCAAAAAGGGAUGGUAAUGAAGAGUGCAAAGCUAUCAGUUUGAGAAGUGGAAAGCAAUUACCUGACAUUCAGAGGCCUAGUAAGACCAGCAAGGACAUCACUAACAGUAUGGUGACUGACCUUGAUACAAAUGAGCUUUCAGAAGAAGGUGGUGUAGUAGAAGAGGAAGAAACCAAGAAAAGGAAACAAACAGAAGAAAAUCUCAAUGAUGUGGUUCGAGGAAAGAAUGUAGAGGGUGAAAUGGUUGAUGAUAAAAGAGAAGACACACUCCCCCUCCUGCUACACAGAUGCCGCCACUUCCCUUUCCUCAAAGCAUUAGAGCAGAUGCCUAAGUAUGCUAAGUUUCUUAAGGAUGUUCUCUCCAAGAAGAAGAGAUUUGGUGAAUUUGAAACAGUAGCCCUGACUGAAGAUUGUAGUGCCAUCUUGCAGCGAAAACUCCCACCCAAAUUGAGAGAUCCAGGCAGUUUUUAUAUUCCAUGCAACAUAGGCAAACACUUCAAUGGAAAAGCCCUAUGCGAUUUGGGAGCAAGUGUUAACUUGAUGCCUCUAGCUGUAUUUAAUCGAUUAAAUUUGGGUGAAGCAAGGCCAACAACUGUUACAUUGCUCUUUGCUGACAGAAGUAUCUCAUAUCCAAAAGGGAUUGUAGAAGAUGUCUUGGUGAAGGUAGAUAAAUUCAUAUUCCCAGCUGAUUUCAUUGUGUUAGACUGUGAGGAUACAACCAAUUGUAAUAGCCCCAGAAGAUCAAGAGAAAACAACCUUUACUUGUCCAUAUGGCACGUUUGCUUCAAAAGAAUGCCAUUUGGUCUUUGCAAUGCUCCAGCAACAUUCCAAAGAUGCAUGAUGGCCAUCUUUGCUGACAUGAUUGAGAAAACAAUUGAAGUGUUCAUGGAUGACUUCUCUAUUUUGGAGAUUCUUUUGAUUGUUGCUUAG